UAUUAUUUAGAUAUAUUAUCAACAACCCUAUUUUCAACAUGGAACAGCUGCAGGUGCAUUGUUUUUGUUUACGCAAAUUGUUUAUUUUCUUUUAAAAAGGAGCGAAAACGAUGGAUUUCGACAGCCCCGAGGAAAAGGAGUUCCCCGGCCUUUAUGCCUCCGAGGCGGCGGACUCACGCUCCAAGAAGAGCAAGGAAGAAAGCGAUUUCAGCGAGGAUCAUGACCUUAGCAAAAAGGACCUGUUGAUUGGACGUCGCAAGGACAAGAAGGACAAAGGCAAGGACCGUGGCUAUGCGGCUCUCGAGGGUGAAAGUUCCCCUGAGGAGGAGUUGGACACCAAGAGUCCUUCGAAGUCAAAAAAGUCGAAAACCUUCAAGUUUACCAGCUCCAAAAGCAAGGAGAAGAGAGAGAAAUCCCGUGACAAGGAGAGAUCCGAAAGAGAUGUGAAGCAUCUAGAGGAGGAACCGUCGUCCCACAAGGCCAAGGACAAGAAAGACAAGAAGGAUAAGUCUGAUAAGAAGGAUAAAAAGGAUAAGAAGGGAAAGCAGCUAUCGCAGCAGCAGCAACAACAACAAGAAGAAGCUAUCGCUGCUGAGGAAGUACUGGCCUUGGGAUAUCCUGUUUUUGGAGUAUCGGUUAGCUUGGCCACUGAACGAUCCCGUUGCCACGACGGCGUCGAUCUGCCGCUGGUCGUGCGCGACUGCAUCGAUUACCUGCAGGAUCACUGCAAGUGCGAGCAUAUCUAUAAGGUUGAGCCCAUCAAGGCGCGUCUGAUGCACUAUAAGCGAUUGUACAACAAUCGAGAGCACGACGCCGCCGUUGAUGAGCUCAACCUGCCCACCGCCUGCAGUCUGCUGAAGCUCUUCCUGUGCGAACUACCGGAGCCGGUGCUAACCACUGAUUUGGUCGCCCGCUUCGAGGAGGUGGCCUCCCAUCCGAAGGUCACCGAUCAAGAGGCAGAGCUGCAGCAGCUGCUUGAGCAAUUGCCCAAGUGCAACCGCACAUUGUUGGCGUGGGUUCUGCUCCACUUUGACUGCGUGAUCCAGCAGGAGCGGCACAACAAGCUCAACGCUCAGUCCCUGGCCAUGCUUCUCAGUCCGACGCUUCAGAUGUCUCACCGUCUAAUGGUAGCACUGCUCUGUCACUGCAACAAUCUUUUCCCGGACGUCAAGCUGAUAAAGUAUGUUCCACCUCUUACUUCGGCCAACCAGCUGCCGGAUAGACCCGAAGAAAUCCAAAUAGAGCUCCGCAAGCAGGACAGCUUACUGGCCCAGAUCCACAGCGAGAUGAAUGCCGGUUUUAUUACCAAGAAACGGGAGGAGCAGCUCUGGGAAGUACAGCGAAUCAUCACUCAGCUGAAGAGAAGAUUGCGAAGUUUCGAAAAGAAGCAAGAGAAAUCUGUUGAAGAGCUGGAAAGCACCAGCAGUGCUCAGCUGGCUGCCGCUUCCGUCGACGUAGCGGGCGUAUCGGCUCAGCUGGCUGCCGCUUCCAUCGCCGUAGCUGAAGACACCACCGAUUCCAAACCAGCUGCCGAAACUGGGGCAGCUUCAAACAACAGUAUUGCAUCCGAGGAGCCAAAAACGGAGGAGCUCGAUACUUAUCCUAGUGCACCUGACUACACUAUCGAUUCCGUUACUGGUUUCGUCGUGCUCCCCAAGACGAAUCCGCACCGGGAAGAAUUGUUGCGCCUACAAAUCGAAUACCAGGAACUAAAGGCUUGGAAGCACGAAUUAAAAGCCCGCAUCCUGGCCGAACGCAACGAAGUCUACAAACUGAAGCAGUUGUACGAUCUUCAGAACCCCAAAGCCCAGGGAUCACAUGCGGAGCCUAUGCCAACGGAGGCCGACUACGAGCGGGUUAUCGAUCACUAUACGCGUGAAAACGCUCUGCUGGAGCACAAGAAGAAGAUGUUGGGCAUCGAACUCAAGGAGGAGCGACGGGCUUGCAUUGCUCUUCAAGUGGAGUUGCGGAUGCACGAGUUUUAAAUGUAUUAAUGUUUGUUAAUAACCACGGAUGGGUCGGUCACUAUCAGGUACUAAUGCUUACCUUAAUUAAUUUUAAAUUCAAAAACUUUUAAAUUAAGGUACUAAGUUAUGAAAGUUUACAAAGUUGAUUAAAACUAUAAAAGAAACGUGCGCUGUCCAAUUUUCAAUCAUUCAGCUAAGCAAAGAUAAAAACCAUAAUUUACAAAACAGACAUUGAAAAUGACUGCUAUACAGGAUAUUUUUAUAUUCUUUUUUUUUAAUUUUUGAGUCUCAUUGAUGUUUUAAACCAAUCGACCCAUCAAUACUAAUAUAUCCAUAUAUAUGUAUAUAAGAUUAUUCCCCUAAAAUCUCAAUGUAUUUAAAUCGAUCAAAAAGCUUAUAAAUUCUAAAUAAAUGCUCACGUGUUGAAUUGGCAGUUUGCCCCAAAACUAA